AUAUAUAUAUUAUAUAUUUUUCUCUUCUUCAUUUCACUUCAAGUUAAAAAAAAAUAGAGGUGGUCCAAGGAGGGAUUAUAAGAUAAAGAAAAAGAGGGAUGUCUCGUAGCUGCUCUCAGUGUGGAAACAAUGGCCACAACUCUCGUACAUGCGGAGAGGUUGCUGGCGGCGGCGGCGGUGGAGAGAACGGUAUCAUGUUAUUUGGUGUUCGAGUAACGGAAGGGUCGUUCAGGAAAAGUGUUAGCAUGAAUAAUCUUUCUCAGUUUGAUCAGCCUCAGGAUUCUAACGCAGAUGCUGGAUAUGCUUCUGAUGAUGUAGUUCAUGCAUCUGGAAGGAGCCGUGAGCGCAAGAGAGGUGUUCCAUGGACGGAGGAGGAGCAUAGAUUGUUCUUAUUGGGGUUGCAGAAAGUAGGGAAAGGAGAUUGGAGAGGGAUUUCGAGGAACUUUGUGAAGACACGUACACCUACGCAGGUGGCAAGUCAUGCGCAGAAGUACUUUCUCAGGCGAAAUAACCAGAACCGGCGGCGCCGUAGAUCUAGUCUUUUUGAUAUAACUACUGAUUCGUUCAUGAAUUCAACCAUAUUGGAAGAAGAUCAAGUCCACCAAGAAAAUGUUUCGUUACAGCUGCCACUGCCACAGUCACAGGCACAGGCUCAGAUGAGUCGAUUUCCCAUGUCAACGUUUCCAGUGACUUUAAGUCCGGUAGUUUUACCAGUUGCAGGAGAAAAUAAUUCUAUGGAGAAUCUCACAUUAGGGACAAGCCCCAACGCAAACACGUCUCCGAAGCUUAUCCGUCCAAUACCAAUCCUUCCAGUACCUCCAUCAUCAAAAAUGGCUGAUCUUAAUCUAAAGCAGAAAAUCCCAGUUGACCCUUUACCUCUGUCAUUGAAACUCUCAACGCCAUCCGCCGAUGAGCAGUCAACCGCGGCAGCAGCAGCGCACUCGUCUACUUUUCAGGCCAUGUCAAGCGGUGAUAGCAAUAGCAUCAUCAGUGUUGCCUGAAAAGAGAAGAAUAUAUGGGGAAUAGUACUAAAUUAUUCGGAGCUGUAAAGGGAGGAGCAGAUAUGAUAAGAUUUGAUUAAUUAGAUGAAAAGGAGGAAAAAAUGCUUAGAUUAUUAGGUGAUUUAGGUGAUUAGGUGAAAUUCCUCGUUUUGUACAGAUUAAUUAUUACUACUUAAUUAGAGGAAGGGUCUAAAGAAAGUGGGGUGUCCUUGUCUUUGAAUUUGUGGUGGUAUUCUUGUUCGGUCUGUCUGGUUCCUUUUUGUGGGCGAAAUGGAAGGGCACCAGGUAGAUUUCUCUCUUCUUUCGGUUUGCUGCUCUUUACGAACCUGGACGUAAA